UCGUUUCUUUCUUCUCCCCCAAUCCAACCCCAACUCUGCAGCCUCCUCCAUUCCCAACCGAAAAAGAAAAAAGAAAAGGGAAGCGCAACGCCGCUCGCCGCACUCGCCCCCCCGUCUCCGAACUCAGAUCAGGAUGACCGGUUCGAUGGAUCUCCCGGCCAAGGGUGGGUUCAGCUUCGACCUGUGCCGGCGGAACGGCAUGCUGGAGAAGAAGGGCCUCAAGCUCCCCGGGUUCAGGAAGACUGGGACGACCAUUGUCGGCCUCGUAUUUCAGGAUGGGGUUGUUCUUGGGGCAGACACAAGGGCAACCGAGGGGCCUAUAGUAGCCGAUAAGAACUGUGAGAAAAUUCACUUUAUGGCACCAAACAUAUAUUGCUGUGGAGCAGGAACUGCUGCUGACACUGAGGCUGUUACAGAUAUGGUUAGCUCCCAGCUACAGCUUCACCGUUAUGCAACUGGUCGCGAGUCAAGAGUUGUAACUGCUCUUACACUACUGAAGUCUCACCUUUUCAAGUAUCAAGGCCAUGUCAGUGCUGCCCUUGUUCUUGGUGGAGUAGAUUGUACUGGACCACACCUCCACACCGUUUACCCUCAUGGCUCUACAGAUACUCUUCCUUUUGCGACGAUGGGAUCUGGAUCUCUUGCUGCAAUGUCGGUGUUUGAAUCAAAGUACAAAGAAGGCCUUACAAGGGAGGAGGGAAUACGACUUGUGGCCGAGGCAAUCUGUGCUGGUAUCUUUAAUGACUUGGGUAGUGGAAGCAACGUGGAUGUCUGUGUGAUAACCAAGGGGAAGACAGAAUACUUGAGAAACCACCAGUUGCCAAAUCCAAGAACUUAUGUUAGUUCGAAGGGAUACAGCUUCACCAAGGGGCAGACCGAGAUACUGUCCUCAAAGAUCACACAGCUGAAGCCGAAGGUUGAGGUCACUGAGGGUGGUGAUGCAAUGGAGGAGUGAUGUCGCGUGCUUACACUCGGACAAGCAGUUAUAUUCAGAAAUGAUGCUAUUUUUCUUAGUGAUGCUGCUAGAACAAGAAAAGAAUGGAUGGCUUUUGUUGUACUUGCUGGACUUAAUCCAGACUUUGCUAAAGCUGUUUGUGAUGUUGACACAUUUACGAGCGCAUGUUGUUUCUGAAGGAAGCAUUGUCUAAACUGUGAUGCUAUGGUAUAUUUCUUUGAGAAGUUAUUAUUGCUGCA